AUGAAUAAAUCACUAUCACAGGAUUCUUUGGAGGAGUAGUAAUCUUUGAUCAAGCAAAAUGAAAAGGUAUCUUUUAAAACAUACCUCAAAGGAUCUGAAGAAAACAAGAAAUACUAUGGUACUUAAGAGUAGAAUGAUUAAAGUAAAUAUGCAAAAGGCACUUAAGAUGAUAUUUAGAAACUUAAAUCACUAAAUUAAAGUAGAAAUACUGAGUACGAGGAUUUAACAAGUGAUGACGGUGAUGAUGGGUAUAUGAAUGAUUCUGGAGAUAAUCUUUCAGAGGCAUUCAAUACUUGGAAGACAUUUAAGCGCUCUCCGAAAGAGCUGUGGAUAAUCUUGAUGUGCAAAAUAUUUGAAAGCUUCAGCUUCAUCUCUGAGGACUUUGUAUUUAUCUUAUUUUUCAGCUCGGAGUUCAAACUGUCUGAGUAUGAAUGCGGUGUAUUGUAUUCAAUUACAGCUGGUCUUACAUUUCUCUAUGGGUUAUUUAUAAGUGGAUAUUUGAUUGACACAGCAGGAGUAAAAGCAUGUAUGUUAAUGGGAUCUUUUUUCUUAGCAAUUACUAGGCUCUUAAUGACUAUAAUUGUGCAAAAAGAAGAACUUUAUUUAAUUUGCUGUACAGUAUUUCCCUUAGGACUAUCAAUGUAUAUUCCUACAAUGACACUGGGAAUAAAAAAGGUUACUAUUGGUAAGACUAGAUCUCUGGCCUAUUCACUAUUUUAUGCUAUGCUGACAUUGGGACUGUUUCUUGCUGGACCAGCUGUUGAUCUAAUCAGAUCUUAUCUUGAUCAUGUGGAGGAAUCUUAGAGCAUGAUCAGAGUCGAUUAUGAAAAGACAAAUGAUAGUAUUUGCAGAUUAUGGUAUGAUGUGUUAACAGACGGAAACUUUUGGAAGUACCUAUUUUUUGCACUAAUUACUAUUGGAAUGAAAAUGAUAUUUAAUAUGCUCUCGCUGAUUAUUCCAAAAAUAUUAACUUAUUCAUUUGGGGAGCAUGCUCUGUAUGGUGUAAUUAUUUCUGUUUGCCCCUUAUUCAUUGUGAUAUUCCUAUUUUUGACUUCGCCUUGCACAGUAUACCUAGAUGCCUAUUCAUAAAUAGUCAUGGGAGCAUUCUUCAAUACAUUUGCACCAAUAUCUCUAUUCUUUGGGAUAACCUAUCCACACAUUUUCAUGUUCAUAAUUUUGGUUUCAUUGGGAGAAUCUCUAAGCUCACCUAAGCUUUAUGAGUUUAUUUUCUUUUUUUCAAAAAAAGGAAGAGAGGGCAUGUUCCUAGCAUUAACAGCAGCACCAUAAUAUCUAACUAUGGCUGUAAGUGGCUAUGUAAGUGGUAUUCUGCUAAGCAACUUUUUCCCUGAAGAAGGAACUAAGAGACCAGACUAUAUUUGGAUUACAAUGAUGGGUAGUAGUGGACUCUCCCUAAUAUUAUUCAUUGUAUUUAGAAGAUGCUUUAAAGUUUAAGGACAAAAUAAUCAACUUGCAGAUUAUUGA